UAUAGUUUUAUUUUGUAUAUUUUUCAGUCCCUCUGGAAAUGCCAGUGUUGGUGAAGGAAAAUUUUAAUCGCUGGUACUCGCUACGAUCGUAUUAUCUGGCUAUUACUGUGUCGGACAUACCUUUCCAGGCUGUGUUCUGUGUGGUGUACGUCAGUAUCGUGUACUACAUGACUUCCCAGCCUCCUGAGGCACACAGAUAUUGGAUGUUCCUGGGUGCUUGCCUGCUCAUCUCCUUCGUUGCUCAAAGUGUUGGACUGGUCGUCGGAGCUGCCAUGAAUGUUCAGAAUGGAGUGUUCCUGGCACCUGUGAUGUCAGUGCCAUUCCUGCUGUUCUCUGGGUUCUUCGUCAGCUUUGAUGCAAUUCCAGUGUAUUUGAGGUGGAUCACCUACCUCAGUUACAUCAGAUAUGGCUUCGAGGGCACAGCUCUCGCCACAUACAGCUUCGGCAGGGAGAAACUCCUUUGCUUCCAGGUGUAUUGCCACUUCAAGGAUCCGGAAACGACACUGGAGGAACUGGAUAUGCUGGACGCUAGUUUUACACUGGACAUCGUUGCACUGGUGAUCAUUUUCUUCACCCUGAGGAUCACAGCAUUCCUAUUUUUACGUUGGAAACUAAUGUCAGCUCGCUAGGUGUUACGUCAAUACAACUCUGUCAGCUAAAUACAGAAUCAUAGCAAGUUUAAGGUGCUUGUAAUAUAUUAAAGUACUGUACAUAAAAAAUGAAUUUUUUUAAAUACUGUGCAAUACAGGAAAAGUGUAAUUGCUGUAAACAGUUAUUAUCCUUAAGUAAUAAACAUGGCAACUUUAAGACUUUGCCUUGUCUAUCAAAAGUGUUUGAUCACUUAAAGUAUAUUUUUAAAUCGAAUAGUUUACAGCAAAAAUACAAGGCAUAGAUAGUAUCAUAAAGUAUAUUUUGUAAAACAGACUUUACUUUAGUAAAUACAGUUUUUUUAUCCUAAUAUAUAGGUGAGUUAAUUUUUAAAAAGUAUUUUGUCCUGACAUGUAUUUCCGAAUUAUGUUAAUUUAAGAUUAGUAUUAAAUUACUAAUAAACUCAUUAACCCUUCAACGUGGUUACAUGCGGAUGCUAUUAUAACGUCCUGCUAUAUUUUUGUGUGCACCAAAUUCCUUUGCAACCUAUUGGUGGCAGUCGGAACUAUUUUAAGCAUUUUUUUCUCACUAGAUAGAUCACAAAUCGUUCUAUCUCUUUGUCAUUACUAAAGCGUUUUGUUUAUUUUAUUCAGUUGGGUUUUUUAUGAAUUAGAUGAGUUGAAUUUUAUCACCUGAUCAUCUCAACAAUAGAACAUGAUGUUCACUGCUAUUUAGGUUUACAAUGUAUUGAUUGCACAGUGUUAAAAUAUCACUGUUUUACAGUUAAUACGGAUUAUAGUAAGAGUUAAAAUAUUUUUCUCAUGUACUAUAACUGUAUAAAAGCAUGCCACAAGUGCCAUGGUUUGGUGGGCUCUGUAGGUGCAGUAUUAAUUAUGAAAAUUUGUUUUGCGUUAUGUAACAUAAACUGUUAUAAAAGAACAGUAACUUAUUAAGUGUUACUGUAAUUUCAUACGGUUGUUUCUUUUGCCAUAUUUUAAGAAGUAAACUCCAAAAAUUGGCAACAACGGCUAGUUAGCUGACUUAUGGUCUUAUGGUGUCAGUAACCGUACACUGAGUAACUCUUGCCACUGGCAGUAGACAGGUCUGGGAAAAGUCCUACGUUGAAGGGUUAAUUAUUUUUCUAUAGAUCUGAUAUGAGUUAUUUUCUAAGAUUUUUAUUUGUACCAAUUGAAAACUGAAUGUUACUACAUAUAUAGCAAAGUUGUUAUCAAAUAAAACAAAAAUAUUACAAUUUUUUUGUUUUGCCCCAGAUAGUCUUAGGCCCCUAUUACAGUGGUGAAGCUCAUUAUAACUUCAUUACAACUCGUGGGGUAUGAGUUCAAAUGAUGAUGAAUGGGUAUGAGAACCUUACAUUGAAUGAAAUGGAUCUCAUGUUAAAAUCAAUCAUUAGAUGGAUUGAAACAAUUUCAAUUACAUUUCCCGUCACGGAACUUUGAGUUAAAUAGUCUAUUAUAUUAUUGAAACUGUAAUUGUUGUGAACAUAACCUCACUUCUUCAUAUUGUGAAAAGCACUACAUGAAAGAAAUUAAAAAUAUACACUAAUUUUUGCAUAACUCGUCAAAUAAAGUGUAGUAGAACACAUUCUUAUCCUUUUGGACAUCAAUGGAUGAAUAUCUACAGAACCUUAAUAUUUUAUUUUACAUUAUCAAAGCUAAAAGAAAUGACUCUGAAGAAUUAAAAGACUUUGUAAAAGACUAUCUUUUAAUAAAAAAGUUAUGUGUCCACUCUCCAGCUUCAUUAAACAAGGAAAUACUUUCACAGUGCUUGUGAUUAAGUUCUGACAGUGUGAAAAUAUUACCAUUCAAUACUUAUUAUGAAGUAACUAGGCUUUGAAGUAACGUAACCAUAAUUUUGAUUCUAAAAGGACUAGUAUGAAUGUAAAUUAUUAAUAGAUUGUACAAAAUUGAACUCAAUAUAUUUUUAAUUUUAAAAGUGACGAACUAGCUUGUCAAAAAAAUGAAAGAACAAUAUAAAUUAAAAUAUAUGGACAGUAACUUAAAGUAAUGCAAUAUCAGUUGUAUAAGUAAUAACACUUAAAACAAUUUCAAUGUAUUGAGUGAUAGGUUACAAACCGCAAGUGCCUACCGCAAUUACAGUCUGCAAGUCGUUAAUAAGACAUUUGAUUGAUGUAUAAGUCUGAUUGUAGGGACAGUAUAUUUUUUAACAUUUACUUUGACAAGUUAUAAUUCUGCAUUGUUUUACUUAUUGUGUGUUGUUUUAAAAUAUAUUUGAAUUAUUUUAUAUUUCAACUAUCCAUAUACAUUAAGCAUUUAUCAAUUACAAAUUAUAUUUGUAGAAGAAAUUAUAUUUUUAGUAAGCUAUUUUUAUAUUUUAGAAAUAUUUGUGUUUCCCAAUAGUAGUAAUAUGUACUAUUUGUAAUUUUAUACCAAUACAAGCGACUUAAAGUUUAAAAUACUUUUAUAUGUAAUUUACAUAAACUUUAAAAUAUUCAAAUUUUUUUAAAAGUAUUAUCUAUGGAUAUAAAUGUAAUUUUUUGGGUAUAAGUUUUUUUUAGAUAAACAUUAAAAAAUAAACUUGUUUCACACUCAAAACACUUCUGUUAUCACCCUGACUAUAUGUUAUGCUCAAACCGUUGUAAAUACUUUUUAUUCAUCCUAAACCUAAGUAUAUAUUAUUUGUAAUGUUUACUAAUGGGUGUGUGGAUAGAUUCAUGUAUGUAUUAGUAGUUAGAUUUUGUAUUUAUCUGUUCCUAAGUACUCUGUUACUGUUUGUAAUCAAAAUAGAUAUAUUGUGAGUCCAUCAAUCAAAAACAAAUAUUUGAAGCAUUCUCCCUGUUUUAAUGGGUUGAGACAGGGGAGGAAUUCUUACUUUAUUUUAUUAUUUUUAAUAAUGGUUUACUUGAUUCAUAUCAAAUUGGAUUGGAUUUGAAAGUAUGUUGGGAAAACCAGCUACAGAAUUCUUUGAUCUGUCUGCAUUGGACAUAAAAUAAAGUAUCGGAAUUCAAAGUCGUAUAUGGCAUACAAUGGAUUAAAGUUAAAUUUUCAAUAAAUAGAUUAUACUAACUUCCUCCCCUUAUUAGUAACACAAAUAUAGAAUUUUAUAUAGUAAAAAAGUAUUUUUUGAAAAUUGUAUCAACUUUUUUACAUCGUUUGUUUUAUUACAUUUGGUUAUUUUAUUUUGUUAUUUCACUCUUUUUCAUUUCUAGCUCUCUAUAAAUCAUUCCUGACAUCACAUUAUUAUCAUCUAAGUUUAUGGGUUCCAUAGAUGUUUGGUUUAGUACAUAUAAGAAUAUAUUAGUUUCGUAUUUUAAUAUAUUUAUAACCAGUUGUGUAUUCUGUGCUGUGUUAAAAAUAGUUAAGUUUAUAAAAUUUUAAAUCAC